AUGCGGCACAAGUUUCUCAUCUGCUGCACGAUGCUGUUGUGUUUCACGCUUAUGCCAACGAUGUGGUACCUGUGGAUCGAUUGCGGCGUAGCGAAUGCGAAUUUCUAUUUCGGCGUAACACUCGGAUAUUCCAUUUCGCUGGUAGCUUUACUUCUUGUUGUUGCGUCUUCAAAUGAUUAUUGUUAG